AUGACCAGUUUCCACUCUUCCAAUGACUUCCUGGGCUUCUUUAGAGCUGUGUGAGUUCACACGAUCAUUUUGGCAAUUACAUUUUUCUUCAAUUGUAAAUAUUUUCUCAUCGCUAAACAAAAUCUUUCGAUGAAUGCCAUUGUUGUGUGUUGCGCGCACCAGAUUUUUUAGGGAAGUGGUUAUAGCCUUUGUCCUGUCAUUCUUCAAAAUGCACCCAUCCUAA